CACCCGGCAGGCUGGCCGGAGCCGGAGGGGACCCGCACGCCGGCUUUGUUGUGGAAAUCCUGGUUACCUGGCUCUGACCCACACCAUGGACAACUUUCUGCACUUGGCCUGAGCGGAGAGGGUCGAGCCCUUGGAGACUGCCCAUCCUGCUGGCCCCAGGCUGUUCAGAAUGACUGGAAGGGCAUGUGGCAUGAAUCUGCACCGGACGGCAGGGCCCCCCCAGGGGCCCGGGAUGGCCAGUGGCCCCCACAUCCCUACUCUGCGUGCCCACGUGGGGACUCCCCUUCCCUCGCCUUGUGGCACCUCCCCGAGCCCAGGUCUUGGAAGCUUCACCAGCAGCCUCCAUCUCAAGAUGCCCACAGGAGGAGGGACAGUCUCCCAGGGCAACAUGGGCGAGAGUCUGCUCCACUUGCCGGCUCUGAGUCCCCGGAGACAAGCACUGACCAAUGGCAAGCCUCGGUUCCAGGCCACUCAGGCUGGGGCACUGGCCGGGCCACAUCUUGUAAAGCCAAAGCAGCAGGAGUUUGGAAGGCCGUUUCCUCCAAAUCUUGGGAAAGGGGCUCUUGGCUUUGGGUCUCAGUGCAAGUCCAUUGGAAAAAGCGGCUGCAACAAUCUAGUGGUCACCAGCAGUGCCAUGAUGGUUCAGCGACUGGGACCCAUGUCACCGCCAGCAGACCAGGUCUCAACCGCUGGAAACCCGAUCAGUCCUAGCUCCCAGAGGGCAGUGAAUGCAGGCAGACUCAACCUACCUCCUCCAGAUACCAGGUCCCUUAUUUCACGUGAACCCCUGGUGGCCUCCGCUCUGAAUCUGACUGAGAGUCAGGCCGCGCCGAGCGUUAAACAGGAGUGGUCCCACGGCUACCGGCCUCUGCCCUCGCUCCUCUCCAGCCACGGUUCGCAGAACGGCGCUGACCUCGGGGACAUCCUGGGUCUCCCCCCUGGGACGGCCAUGUCCAGCAGCAGUGUCUCCACUUCACUGCCUCCCUACCUGUUUGGCGUGGAGGGCAGCCACUCCCCGUACCCCAGUCCCCGGCACGCAUCCGCCAGGUCCCACCCGGCCCGCUCCAAGAAGAGGACCCUGUCGCUGUCCCCGCUGUCCGAUGGCAGCAUCGGGAUUGACUUCAACACCAUCAUCCGCACCUCACCCACCUCCCUGGUGGCUUACAUCAACGGCUCCAGGGCCUCCCCGGCCAAUACGUCCCCGCAGCCCGAGGUCUAUGGUCACUUCCUGGGUGUGCGUGGCAGCUGCAUCCCCCAGCCGUGCUCCGUGCCAGCUGGCCAGAAGGGUCUGCUGGUGGCCAGCAGUGGCCUGGCACUCCCGGCCUACGGGGAGGACGGCGUGGCCGAGUCCGAGUCUGAGCGUAUGCAGCAGCUGGAGCAUGGAGGUCUGCAGGCUGACCUGGUGGGCAACAUGAUGGUGCAGCUUGGCCAGUCUGCUGGCCUGCUAAAGACUGAGCGCCUGGAUGACUUCCCGGGGGCCCCCCUGGACCUGCCCUCGGUGCCUCCUCUCCCUCCCCAGGGCCCCCCGCCACCCUACCAUGCCCAUCCACACCUUCACCCCCAAGAUCUGGGCCCCCACAGCCAGCCGCUGCCCCUCCCCCAGGCCACCCUGGAGGAGGAUGGGGACAUGGACGAGCUCGGGGACAGGCACUGCUGCCACUGGAUAGACUGCAGCGCCCUGUAUGACCAGCAGGAGGAGCUGGUGCGGCACAUCGAGAAGGUCCACAUUGACCAGCGGAAGGGCGAAGACUUCACGUGCUUCUGGGCGGGCUGUCCCCGCAGGUACAAGCCCUUCAAUGCCCGCUACAAGCUGCUCAUCCACAUGCGAGUCCACUCCGGGGAGAAGCCCAACAAGUGCACGUUCGAAGGCUGCAAGAAGGCCUUCUCCCGGCUGGAGAACCUCAAGAUCCACCUUCGGAGCCACACGGGUGAGAAGCCGUACCUGUGCCAGCACCCGGGCUGCCAGAAGGCCUUCAGCAACUCCAGCGACCGUGCCAAGCACCAGCGGACGCACCUGGACACUAAACCUUAUGCUUGUCAAAUUCCAGGAUGCACCAAACGCUACACAGACCCCAGUUCCCUCCGGAAGCACGUGAAGGCACAUUCUUCCAAAGAGCAACAAGCCAGGAAAAAGUUGCGAUCCAGCUCGGAGCUCCACCCGGACCUGCUUUCUGACUGCCUCACUGUGCAGCCCCUGCAGCCGGCCGCCUCCCCUCGAGAUGCCGCCGCCACCACCGUGGACAGGGCCCUGGGAUGCUCCCCGGGGCCAGGGCCUGACCUCUAUCCAGCUCCUCUCUUCGCCAGCAAUCACUCGAGCCGAAGUGGAACAGCUGCCGGGGCCGGGCCACCCCCACACGCUGUCAGUCACCCUUCUCCGGGACAUAAUGUACAGGGGAGCCCCCACCACCCCCCCUCCCAGUUACCUCCACUCGCAGCUGUGGACGCGGGAACUGAGAGGUUUGCCCCUUCUGCUUCGUCUCCGCACCACAUCAGCCCCCGGAGAAUAACAGCCCCCUCCUCGAUCCUGCAGAGGACGCAGGCCGCACUCCCCCGGCCGCCGCCCGGGGCUCACCUGAAGUCCUACCAGCCAGAGACGGGCUCUCCUUUCCAGCCAAACAGCGUCCACGUCCACGGAUUUUAUGGCCAAUUGCAGUCCCUCUGCCCUCCGCACUACCCGGACUCCCAGAGGACCGUGCCGCCCGGCAGCUCCUGCAGCGUGGUGCCCUCCUUCGAGGACUGCCUGGUCCCCACGUCCGUGGGCCAGGCUGGUUUUGACGUGCUCCACAGAGCCUUCUCGACUCACUCGGGCAUUACAGUGUACGAUUUGCCUUCGGGCUCUUCCAGCCUCUUUGGGGAGCCCCUUGGCGGCGGGCCAGAAGACCCCACGUUCUUGCAGAUCAGUGCAGUGGACCGCUGCCCUAGCCAACUCUCUUCUGUCUAUACCGAAGGCUAACCGAGUCUCCCCUGGCCUUCCCGGGCACCCAGAACCCUUCUGUCACCGUCCCCUUUGGUUUCCACACUCUGGUGGACUCCACGAAGGAUGCCAACGGAAUGGGCAGCGCCACCGCUGGGCCGUUGAAGGCAGGACCCGCGGUUGGAGUGAGGCUCGGCCCGGAUGUCUCCAGUAGCUCUUCCUUCUCCCUGGGUCUGCUGGGCCAGGCGGCCGGCAGGACUGUUUCUCCAAAGGGACUUCAGAGCCUUGCUCUCUGUGGGCUCCCUGUUCCUUGCUGACCGCCAGCCCUCAAGGGAGACCAGUGAAAUGACACGCGUAUAUGAAGAUGUCAUCGGGGGGAUCCACCUUGCGGGAAAGCCCAAAGAAGGCAGGGCACCCUCAGUCCGCUCCCUCGCUGCUGGCCCGGGGCAGUGCAGGCACUAGAGAAAUCGGUGUCCAGACACAGUGUGGGCUCAACGCUUGAGUUCCCGCCCCUUUCUGGCCUACCAUUCCCCGGGGCUGGCUGCCCCUCUCCUCUCAGAUUAGCCCCGAUGCUAACCACUCGCUGCUCCAGCUUCCCCAUGAAGCGCUGUCAAGCCCAGUCCCUGGAAGGGCACUCCGACUCGUUUUCUGAUCCAGCCGCCUGGGUCCGUUCUUUCCUCUGAAAGAUUUGCUAUUUCUAUCGACUUAAGGAGAAAAUCGCGUAGGGAUGUGCCCCUUGGAUGGGAGUAAUCAUUAGCUUCUUCAUCUCCCUAGCUGCAUCCACGCUGCCUCAGCUGUCGCACUCCAGGGCCUGUGGGCACUCCAGGAAUGCCCUUGGGCCGUGCGCAAAGACUACCUGAGGGCAAUGAGGUGGGCACCGGCCCCUCCCCAGGGCUGGCAGGAACUCCUGUGGGUGGCGUGUUUGGGGAAUUCUGAAGUCGAAGGCCUUGUUGAAAGGAAAUGGUCCCCUGCCACUUUUCACCCAUGGGCUCUGCUCGGGCGCUCUGCGGUUCUAGAGCGAGGCACGCACUGAGUUGUGUGUGAGGGGGACAUGUGAAGGAGGUCACAUGUCUAGUUGUUCCCAAGCCUCUGCUUACUGCCUUCUGCAUAGAUGUUCACCUCUGUCUGUCCAGCCCCUGCUCACCUUAUCUCUUCCCAUCCUCUUCUGACUGCCUGGCCGUCAACUCUUGGGACUCUGGCCUAAGACAGGUAGAGGGGACAGUACCUGUGGGCACUCCAAGGAUGUCCUUGGGUCGCGAGGGCGAUGAGGUGGACACCGGGGCUGGCGGGACCUCCUGUGGGUGGCCUGUUUAGGGAUUCUUACCAUCAGUUGGAGGUAUUGAGGCCAAGGCUGAAUGGGAAGUUGCUUUCUGUGACUGGUUUAGGAAGCGAUGAAAAGAUCUUAGGGUGUCCAAAAAAGGCACCCUGGCGGCAUCGUGGUUACCAUCUGGACCGUUAGCCACAAGGUCAGCAGUCCGAAACCGCCUGCCGCUCCACGGGAGGCAGACGGCUUUCUACUCCCAUGCAAAGUGCCAGUCUCGCAAGUUCACGGGGACGGUUCUGCCGCUGUGAGUCGGCACUGACGUCGUGGCCGUCGGUUGCGGAGGCCAUCAGGACUGGCCAAACCCCACAGGGCUGAGGAAGGCUGGCAUCCAGGGGUGGUUUCCUUCAUUUCUCUUUGAAAAAAAAACCAAAAAUGUUUUCUGGCCCCCAAAUAACACGAUGCUCUCUGUCAGCCAGAGCGCAUGAUCAUCUACAAGGUAAUUCAGCGACGUGGAGUCAGGGUGGCUUAGGACAGACCUGGCCUCCCCGGAGGCUUGCAAUCUAGUCUGCCGCCUACCGUGGAAUAAGAUGGACUGAGAACCAGGCUGGUCAUGUCGGUACAGUGCACUCAGUCAAGGGCAGGUUGGUUUUUCUGGGGAGGGGGCCCUGCUUGGAGGAAAAGCCCUCCUUCAGAUGCCCACAUCUGCCAAAGAGAGGGAGUGCUCCCCUCGCAAAAGGACCCGCGCCAGGCCGCCUUUAGCAAGGAUGGCUCAGACCCAGCGCCGGAUCCUAUUGGCCGGCUGCCCCUGUGGGCCUUGUCCCUUGACCAGACAAGAUCACAAAGCCCACUGACACUGGUGUGCCAAUCACACCCCACCCCCACCCCUCUCACCCUCCCUGGCACCCUGGGAAGAAAGGUAAAGACACACCCCGGUGACUUGAGAGAGGCCAUCCCUCUGUUCUUCAGUCCAGAACCCUUUGGGACAAAGGCCACGGAGAUUUAUAUCCUUUGUGCGAGGCGAUGAGAGGACACUCAAGGUUGAGAUGGCGGUGGUGGGCCUUGGCUGGGUUGACAUUGUGGGAGGACAGGCCAAGAAGGAAGCCCUCCGAUGCCGUGUCUCUCGAAGGCUGAAGGAGGUGUCUGUGUUCGAUGGGAGGCCUCCCCCUGAAACCCGAAGCUUAGGAAACUUUUAAGCUUCUUGAAGCUGGGGCAUGUGGGAGAAGUCCAGAAGCCUGGGUGCCCUCCUUGAAAAGCAGGAAUUCUCAGGGGGCAUUGGGAACCAGAGGCCAGUGUGGCCAAGGCCAGGUGGCCUCUGGCAUCCCUCCGUGCACCCCACCAGUCAGGGCCAGGGGUCCCCAUCUGGGGCCUUCAUUCUAGGCACUCCUCUACCCUUUAAAAUCGCCCCUUGCUUCCUUUCACAUUGUAGUGGAUGUGUGUGUGUGUGUGUGUGUGUAUGUGUGUGUGUGUGUACACGCUUGACCAUUAUCUUUGGAGUUA